CUACAUUUAGUUAUUAUUAUUAUUAUUAUAUUAUAAUUUGAUAAACAAUGGGAAAAUUUUUAUCAAAAAUUUUUGGCUCAAAAGAGAUUCGUAUAUUGAUGCUCGGUUUAGAUGCAUCAGGUAAAACAACUAUAUUAUAUAAAUUAAAAUCUGGUCAAACUGUAACGACAAUACCUACGGUUGGAUUCAAUGUCGAAACGGUUACAUAUAAAAAUGUUCGUUUUAGUGUUUGGGAUGUUGGUGGUCAAGACAAGAUACGUCCAUUAUGGCGACACUAUUAUACCGGUACACAAGGAUUAAUAUUUGUUGUCGAUUCAACCGAUAGAGAUCGUAUUGAUGAAGCAAGACAUGAAUUACAUAAAAUUGUAAAUGAUCGUGAAAUGCGUGAUGUUAUUAUAUUGGUAUUUGCAAAUAAACAAGAUCUUAAAGAUGCUAUGAAACCGGCUGAAAUACAGGAUAAACUUGGAUUAACAAUGACAAAACAACGAAAUUGGUAUGUACAGCCAGCAUGUGCAUUAACCGGUGAUGGUCUACAUGAAGGACUUACGUGGCUAAUGUCUUAUCAUAAAUCAUAAAUGAAUGAUAAUAAUAACAAUACUAAUAAUGAUGGAACAUUCAGUUUUGAUUUAUGGAACAAAUCCAUUUUCAUUCAUAUUUAUACAUCAUCA